AUGAAGAAGCUCAAAACGCCUCGGCCGAUCCGGGUUGCAAGGCAAAUGGCGCAGAUGAUGAAGGAUUGCGGAUUUGAGGACGUGUAUUCGUUCGAGUACAAGAUCCCACUGGGGAGUUGGCCGAAGGAUAAGAAGCUAAAGGCUAUUGGGGCGGCGUUCUGCACUAACUGGGCUUCGGGACUGCAAGGAUUUUCGUACAAGCUCUUUGGUGAUGCAGGAUUGGGGCUCUCGCAGAACGAGAUCGAGUUGGAGCUGGUGGAUGUGAGGCGCAGUCUAGCGAUGGCGGGUGUGCACGCGUAUGUUAAUUAUUACGUGGUUACUGGGCGGCGGCCAACGGCGAGGGAGGAGCGGGAUUUGAGGGCGAGGCGGGAUCGAGGAGAGGAGGACUGA